AUUCUCACUCGCGAGCGAGCUCCCCAAGCAACAGGUCUUUUACCCCUGUUGUUUGGCGAUCGCGUAGCAACAGUAAACGCUCAUUGGUUUUACGUGUACCGGUACUGACCGCAACCCCGUGCUCUCGCGACUGAAGUAAACAAUAUUUUUACCUUCAUUACAUUAGGCAAAAUAUCACAUGAAUCAUCAAAGGGAUCAUCCAAAUAUUCUUUUAUCUAUUGGAAAAUAUUGGAUGCUAAAUUGGAACCUGCUAUUUUUGUGAGAAAACUUGUGAAAUUGUCAUUAGUUUACUCGGUUGAAGCCCGGAAGAGAUUUUUCUUUCAGCGGUUCACGAUCAGACUUUGAGCCUGGCCUGCCGGCCUAGGUUUUCGUGGGACGCCAAGGUCAGCCUAACGCCCACUGUGCUAAUGAGAUUUUGAGGGUGCUUGGCUUUACUGAAACUUGAAGAAGCAGCCUUGGACAUGGCAGUUCAUGUCACAACUGCAGUUGGAAAAGUCGGACGUCGUGAGAGAGAAAGAAGACAUUUCAAUGAGCGUAGAGGUUAUGAAGAGGAAGAAGGAAGAGGAAGAAGAUAUAUAAACCCAGGCUAUGGAGAUCAACCUGAUUGGCAUCCACAUGUAACAAAACAAGAGGUCAAAUAUACAGACCAUGGUCUUGAUUGGUCAUCUAGAGCAAGAUUUAUUCCUCCUCCUAAGACUUAUACAGGAGAGUAUCCAGAGGAAGUUACAUUGCCAAAGUUGCGCUGCUUUCCAGGUAAAAAUUCUUCUGUGACAACAACGACAGAGUGGACGACAUACCCUGAAGGCUAUCAUAUAGGAAGGAGAUGCAAGUUUGUGAAGAGCGAUAAAGCAAAGCACCUAGCCAGUACAACAUCAGCAGCAGAAAUAACUCAUUCUAUGAUGCUAGGCAAGAAUAGAAAAUUGAAUUCAGUAUGGGAGAGAAGAGGUGAGUUUCCUGCUGCUUCUGGUGGUGAUAAAAGCUACCAGGCCCCAGAAUAUUCUCCAAACUUCCAUCAUUAUGGUUCUACCAGACCAGUCGUAACGUUCGGUGGUACUAUCAAAUUAAAACCUGACACAUUCGUUCCGCUUCAGGACCUACCGACAGAAUACUGUGAGCCUUUCAAUAUGAAGGAAAGGAGAAGGAAAUAUGAAACUGAAGUAGAUUCUGUUAUCAGCCUCAAUGACUGGAAACCAGCACCUCAACUCCUAGCAACGUCCUUCUGAAUUAAAAGAAAUCACUAUUGUGUGACAAUCCAAGAUGGCCGCUUCAAUGCAGAGUGCUUCAUUCUUUUGUUUUGUUAACGUUAUGUGGGAUAUGUAACAAAGUUUAAAACUUAGUCGUUGUGUGUGAUUAACAUGUGCGAGGUACAUGUAUUUGUUUCAAAGUUUGUUAAGUCAGUGCAUAUGUGACAUUUUUCUGAUAAGAAGAAUCAGAGUAUUUUUGUAGUUUUUUGUUCCGUAAAUCUACUCUUCUGUGCACAUUUUUCAAAAAUAAAUUAUUUUGCAGCUUUGGCCAAAUUAGAUGAAAGCCCAAUUAUGUUACCAAAAUGAUACUAGUUCCUGUUCCCUGCAAAAUGCCUUUAUUAUCAUUUAGUUAAGCAAUCAAUGUUUUAUAUUCAUUAAAUUGUUAUAAACAAGUCUGUUAUUAUGCUAUUGAGUUCACAUACUGUUUGGCCCUAUUAAUAUUAAUUCCUUUUAUUAUGGGGCAAAUUUCUCAGGGAUAUUUGUUCCAAUUUGAAGUCUCACUUUUGCCUGUUUAUUGAAAUUCUUUAAAUGUUCACUGAUUGACAAUCAAAAGUCAUAACCUUUAUUAGGAACUCCAGGGGUGGUAUGCUGAGGUCAUUUAAAAAAAAAAUGAAAUUUCACAUUGCAGAGUCUGAAGUAGUGAGACUAGAUGCAACCAUGCACACACAUUGUAGGGUUAGAAGUCUAGCCUCCACCCAAGACAUGGUAUCAUUUAUUAAAGUGUCAAAUUUGAGUCUCUGCUUUGCAUUUAUGAAAGUGUUCCUGGUAAUAAUUACCUUAAUAUUCUUCACAAAGUAAACAAUAGUUUUAACAUUUGGCUUCCCAGUAUCGUAGCAUAGAAUUACCAUAUAUGUUGACUACAACUUCAGAAUAUGUUAUGUAAUCUUGAGUAAUUAAAGGGAAUUCCGACCCAAAUUAAGAUUAAGAGAAGCGGAAAUGUUGAGGUGAAAGUUUGAACAAAAGUAGAUAAUAACACUCCUCCAUUUGCUCCAGUACAAAAAAAUACUGGAAUGCCAUAUUUUCAAAACUUCCUCAGGAUAUUUUAUCUUUUAUGAAUUUUUUAAUGAUCUCAGUCUGCAAAAAGCCAUAACUUUCUUAUUCCUUUCAAACUUCGACAAUCCUUUUUUCAACUUUUUUAUGCUGUCACAUUAUACUAGUACCUCAUUCCAAGGUAGGAUUUCCCUUUAAAGGUCAAGUCCACCUCAGAAAAACGUUGAUUUAAAUCAAUAGAGAAAAAUGAGACAAGAAUAAUGCUGAAAAUUUCAUCGAAAUCGUAUGUAAAAUAGGAAAGUUAUGGCAUUUUAAAGUUUCGCUUAUUUUUCAGAAAUUAGUUAUAUAUUCACAAUUUAGUCAUAUGCAAAUGAGAGAAUCGAUGAUGUCCCUCACUCACUAUUUUGUUUUUAUUGUUAUUUGUUUAAAUUAUACAAUAUUUCAAUUUUUACAGAUUUCACAAAAAGGACCAACUUUACUAAACCAUUAAUGUUGAACAAUGGUAAUUCCACAUGUUUAGGGAGAAAUAAAACUUUGUUUCACAUGACAAUGAGGAGAAAAUCUGAAUUUUUCAUAUGUCAUAUAAUAAAAUACAAAAGAAAUAGUGAGUGAUGUCAUCAGUUCCCUCAUUUGCAUACCAACCGGGAUGUGCAUAUAACUGUUUUGGGAAAUUAAGCGAAACUUGAAACUGUCAUAACUUUCUUAUUAUAAAUCUGAUUUUGAUUAAAUUUUCAGUGUUUUGCUUUUUGGAUUGUUUUCUUUUUAUUCAAAUCAACUCUUUGUUGGGAUGGAUUGUCCUUUAAUGAUAGCAGCCAUUGUUAACAUUUAUCGAUGAGAUAUCCACAAAGAAAAAAAAAUGUACCUAAGAAUUACAAAUGUUAUCAUUCCAUGCUGAUAAACAAUCACAGAGAACAUUCUUGAAUUCUAGAAAAGACUUGGCAUAUUUAUUACUUUUCUAAUUUCAUCUAUUAAACACUGAUAUUUACAUAAGCUGUGUUAAGGCCGAACCUUUUACAGAUCUUCAAUACAUUUAGGUAUUAUUUCUUGUAUUGAAUAAAAUCCAUUCCAUUUAGAGUAUGAAAUAUAAAUGCCUUUUGAAUUUACAUGCAUUUAGUUAUUAGUACAGUAGGAAAUCUGUGACGACCUCUACAUGAUAUAAAUUUCUGCGAGAUUUAGUUUUGUAAGACACAUCAUUCUGUAUUUUCCGUUACAUAUUUUUAUACUGAAAUGUCAAAUGUUUGUACAUGUAGAUUAGAAUAUUUAAAUAUUUACUACAUCUGAAUCAUCAAUCAACUCUCUUUUUUUUAUACAUCUUUCAUGAUUUCAUGUCAUCUAAUUUUAUAAUACCAUGUAAAUGUACAUAGGUACCGUAAGCAUUGCUACAUUAACAAAUGAAUGUAACCUUUUUUACUUGUAAAUAUUCUCUACAGGACAACACUGUCCUUUUUAGAAAUAAAUAUGUUUGAAAUAUAAAAAAA